UUGUCCCAAGAUCAUGGCAAAUCACCUGAAGUUCAUUGCCAGGACUGUGAUGGUGCAGGAAGGCAAUGAGGACGGUGCAUACAGGACCCUGAACAGAAUUCUUACUGUGGAUGGGCUCAUCGGUGAUAUCAAGCGGCGGAGAUACUAUGAGAAGCCAUGUCGCCGACGACAGAGGGAGAGCUAUGAGACUUGUCGGCGCAUCUACAACAUGGAAAUGGCACGAAAAAUUAACUUCCUGAUGCGCAAGAAUCGCUUGGAUCCAUGGCAGGGCUGCUGAAGCCAGCGGGGAUAAAGAGAUCCUGUGUGAAAACUCCCUAGUAGGCAACAGCUGUCUCUACAGGUUUCUUCUAAGAAUCUAACAAUUGGGGCAUUCGCUUCCCUCUUUUUCCAGCCCUGCUUUCUCUUGCCAU